AUGCUUACAGAAAAGGCGUCUAAUCCUGAUAUUGCUUCUUCAUUUAACGGCCAUGAGGGGGGGUUGAAAGACGACCGUGCCUGGAAGACCGUGCUCCACAGCCUGAGGUCUCGCUCACAUGCAAGACGCGAUGGUCUCGGGCGUUCGCUGUUGGUUAAGUUCGGAGUCGUCGUCGCUAGCUUAACCUUCGCAUUCCUGCUAGUUCAAUGCGCCCGCGCAUUCUCUGCAUUGAGGGUGUUUGGCAGUCAGACUAGGUUGCUCGCGGGGGGGAGUUUUCUGUAUCCUGUCAUAGGAUGCGGACCCGAGAGUAGUUUUGUCUAUGAUUUUGAUGGUGACAGGUCGGCAAAUAGUGGUGCAAGAACAGGUGCUUUGCUAGACCUUACGGCUUUUUUGUCUGGAUAUUCAGGCGGAGUUUCCGUUGCUUCUGAAGAAGUAACGUGGGACCCAUCGCCGGAACCCCCGGUGAAUGUGCCUCCCAUCGCAGAUCCAGGGCCCGGAGGUCUUUGGCUUGUAGCGACACCUCCCCCCGAGCCGGAGCCUUCGGGUCCAUUUUAUGGAGUUCCCGUUGGCGAGCCGUUGAAGUCUGGAUAUGCGGAAGGAAGUGGUUCAAACAACACUAGACCUCCGUCUGAUACACUUAGCAAUGGUAUUUUACUGCAUGGUGCGGCCAGCUCCGUGGGUACCCCAUCCCCCUUGCAAGGAGCGACCGGAGACGCUCAGAGACGAGGGUCUCCCAAACUUGGCCCAUUCGGCGUGGUUGCCGGAGGCUACGUGCAGUCACCUCUUCUCGGUCAGCCACCUAGUAAUACCCCUCGAGGAAGUCGCUCCUCACCCUUAACUGGUGGGCAAGAGGGCAUCAUUAGGUGUAUCCACAGCGUUUCGAGCCAGAGACGGACAGGCUCUGACGUGACGGGUGCCUCCUGCUGCGAAGACACCGACCGCUGUUACAACUCUGUGCCUUGUACGUGCGGCGGGUACGAGGUUCGGUUAGUCAGGCGAAUGUGGGAAGCACUAUGGAUAAAAGGGUGCACAGCGUGA